GCCGCGGCGGGCGCGGGUGCAGGCCGGGCGCACGCGUGAAGGUCGCGGAGCGCCCGCUCUUCACGCAAGAUGACGCUGCGUCGUGACUGCGACGCCGGCCGCGAGAGUCACACCCUUUCCUGCCGCCAUGGCCCUCGCGCCCGCUGCCCCAGCGCCCCGGCUUCCUGCGUGCGCGCGCGCUGCUGCACUGCAUCCCUCUGUCGAGACGGCAUGGUCCGCCGGCCGCGCUCGCUAAAAGCUAACGUCGACCGCCCAAAUAUUCCUUUGUUUCUGUGCUAGCCCUCGUCUCUCACCUCACCUCUCAACCAACCCACGCGUCCUCCGUCCUCCGCCCGCCGCCCUCACCCUUCUCCUCCCACGCGUCCCCUUUCCUCUCCCUCUUCCUCUCCUUCUCCCUCUCCCUCCGCCUCCCCGCCCUCCUCCCGCUCCUCUCUCACCCUGCCAGCCGAUCCGCAAGGACCACCCUCCCCCCCCGCCACUUCCGCAAUCACCUCUCCAGAGCGCCUUUCCACGCCCUUCUCCCCCUCUCCUCUCCAUCUCCGACUGACUCUCCGGUAAGUCUUGCGCUGCUCCUCGUCGCGUCUGCAUACGUCACUCACGCCCGUCGCAGCACCACCCUAGG